CUGACGAAAUCCUCUUGUGAAAAGCGGGCAAAUGAGCAGCCGCACAAGGAAAUGAAACAACGAUUGAGAAAAGAGGAGAAAUAUAGCCCUGAAUUCUUACAGCGAAAUAAUAUAUUUAGUUGAUAUCUAGAUAUUAUCUAGUUAUAUCUAGAUAUUAUUUGUCUUACGGUGGCAUUCGAUUAGGUUCGUUGUAGCGAUACAUAUAGUCCGUUCGUUGAAGUCUCUUUUUCAGACCACUGAUUGUGGCGCAAAACCUCCAUUGGUUAGUGUUAGUAGCUAACUUAGUUUAAGUUCUAGUUACGUGCUGGAAUUCAACCAGCUUUUUCUCCAGGCAAGACCAAAAAUGGCUCUUAUAUCAUCGUUGGACCUGGAUUUAUCCCUAUGUUAUGACUCGUCAAGUCUCUGCUCCGUUUCUACCGUCACGACGACCGCUGUUUUUACGAAUCUUACUGCGCGAAAGAAUAUGAGAGUCGCGGACAACAUGGACGAUACUAUCCAGGAACCUAAGGAGAGCUAACCGGUAUGCUAUUGCUAACCUUCUGUAAUGGAUAAGGGACCGUAAUGGCAUUUUCACGGAUCUGAAAUGCACACCAAGUUACUAGCUAAAUUACCAGAUUUUGUCGCUAACGACAACUGCUAACGAAACGAACAAUCUCAAAUCAAGAUAACGUCGUUAGUUAACGUUACCUAGCCUGUUAACAGCUGUGAAAACUAGCUACCAAGUUGCAAGUUCUUGCUAUCCUUGAUUGCCAGACACAAAUUUGGUCGUAAUGGACUUAAGCUAACGUUAGUUGUUUCAUAACAACGUGUUAACGUUGCUCCUGGACGUGUACUUAACUUAGUUAGCUAGCUACAGUAACGUUAGCUAACCAAAGCGCUUUAGACAAACUGCACAACGGCAAGCAGUCAAUUGGUAUUCUUUAUUAAAACUACUCAUUUAGUUAUCUUGCAUAGCGACAAUUUGUUUGCCACAAGCCAGUAGUACGAAUGUUUAGGAACAUGAAUCGCGGGGAAUACUUUUCUGGGGUGCAGACACCACCAUCCACUGCCGCCGCGCAUGCAGUGGCCUCUCUCCGGCAACCAAACCAGAACAGCUCGUUGAUGGGCAUGUUCUCCGUGAUUUCUAGGCCUGCCCUGUCAUUUCUGCAAAAUUAUUUACCAGGGCGCCCUCGGAAUCCUGCCCUGGUCGACAGUGGGUCAGGGUGGGUCAGUUGGGAUUUCAAGCAGAACUUUGUAGAGGCAGAAAGUGCGUUUUUAGGACAACUGGAUGACAUAUUGCCUGGAACUCCGCACCAUGCACACCACCUACCAUACCUGCAAUACCAGCAUGGGCUACCAGCGUCAGGUUAUAGUAGUAUGAAUUGGUUGACAGCAGAUUCUCUUAGCGAGUUAGGGAUUCGAAAUGCUGCUGAAAUGGACUUACAUUUAAGGCAAACUCCGGUAGGAUACCUCGCAACCGGUUUUCUCGGUAAAGUUUUGUUGAACCCAGCGUCGUCUCAGGAAAUGAAACACGCCAAACAAGGGCACGUCCUUGUCGGGGAUAGUUUUUCAUCAGACGCGGUGACAGCCAGGGCAAAGAGUAGUACCGAUGGUAAAUGGUGGGGCGGGCUUUGGGGAACCGAUGACAAUGCUCAAGGGUUGCUGUCAAAUUUGUCGUCGAGCAGAGAGCGGACUGUGGAAAACAAUCACAACCGCAACUUCCAUUGUCGUCAACCAGAGUGUGGCACAAAGGCCGCCGUUACCAUGCCAACAGAGCUGUUUGUACAGUGCAAUGGUGGCGAAAGGACUGGACCCUUCUGCCACAAAGAGGAGCCAACGGACAAUGGAAGCCUUCAAAUGGCAACCCGGACAGAAUCUCUCCCUAGCCCUGAUGUUCUCCCCUUAGAUAACCGGGAAACAGUCUGUUUCAGAAGUCAUAUUGUCAGUGUUGCAGCAGUCACUGCCUUUAGUGAGUUGUCAGUUCUCACCCCUGACCAGGAUAAUGGCUAUUCCAGUCUGGAAGAAGAACACUCUACCUCCAGACUGUACAUGUUGAGGCUUCCCUGUGAAGAGCUACAGGGGAUCACAGAGAGAAAAGAGACAGACACACCAACACAGGGGAGCUCUGGUAAGAGGGAGCCGGAGGGAGAAUUGGGUGAGACUGCCUUCACAGGAGGGAUGGAAGGGGAGGAGGAGGUUGAUGACUCGGACGUCACAGACUCUGAGGAAGAGGAAAUGGCGUCCGCUGCGUCCCCCUCCACACCUCGGUGCAGUAACAAGGCUAUCGCCUACAUCAUGGGUAGCCCCUGCAGUGAUGACAGCCAAUCAGACUACUCGCUCAGCGAGGAUGACGAUGGUUUCGACGGUGACAGCUCGUCACAAUUCUCAGAUUCCGAGGUACUAGAUGAAGAUGAGGAGGAUGCAUCCGAUUCCGAGCGGCCAGACUCAGAAACGGAGAGACUGUGGAACUCACUGUGCCAAAGCAAUGAUCCCUAUAACCCCCAAAACUUUACUGCCCCCCUCCUCACCAGCCCUAGAACCGUCCUGUCCACCUCUACAGCCACAGCAGCCUGCUCCCUUCAAGCCUCACCUCCAGAGCAACCCCCGUCUCCCUUCUCCUCUUCCUCCUCUCCUGCGGAGGAGUUUGGCUCUGGGGAUGAGUCCAGCAGCGGUGAGGUGGAUGAGGCUGAGAGCCUGAGGCUGUGGAACUCAUUCAGCUCCUCCUCAGACCCCUACAGCCCUUUCAACUUCCAGGUCCCGCUCAGGACUAGAGAGCCAACAGGGGCUAAAGCAGGUGCAGGGACAGGGGCGCGCUGUAAGAGGAGUAGCAAGACAACCCCAUGCUCCCCCCGUCAUGAACGGGGACAGAGCCACUCGCCCCCCCAGUACAAGACAGAGGCAGCAGAGGAGAGGCUAGACAGUGGCUUCUCAGAGAUCCUCUCCAUCCCAGAGAUCACCACCAUGGACUGUGUCACAGUAAAAAAGGUGUGUUUCUGUGACACGGUGGAGGAGUUCUACGCCAGCGAGGACGACGAGGACCGGUGCGGGCCGUGGGAGGAGCUAGCCAGAGACCGCGCUCGCUUCCUCCGGCGCGUUCAGGAUGUGGAGGAUGGCAUCGGCUAUGUCCUCAGCACUACCUUCCGCGUAGCCGUCUACCAGAGACUACAGCACUACAACUGAUCCUCACCCCUGACCUCUGACCCCUAAUGUCCUACAACACUUCUGAUCAUCUGUCUUGUCUCUCUGUGACCCCUGUAGCACCAGUCCCAUCUUCAACAGAAUGCAUCAGAACUUCUAAGUCAUGCUUCAUCCCCUUCCCUGUCGACCCCCAAACCUCAUCUUCAACCUGAGUGUGUAGAAAAGAUUACAUCAGAGCGGUUGAGAACCCCCAUACACACCAAC